AUGCCGUCUGAUACAGCCGACACUAUCGAUUCCAUCCUCGUAACGGCUGCAGACUUUCACAAAGACAAGUAUAAACUCUUGCAGCUAACUCCUGAGCUUGAACAGACUCUUACUACUGGCAGCACGGUCUUUCUUGUCGGUGGACUGGAUGCUCGAGCAGUUCUAUGCACUGAGGAUCGAUCGUACUUUAUCAAGAAGGAAGACACGUCGAACCUGCGACUAUUGACCACUAACACAGACUGGAGCGGAGCUGAGCAGACAACGAUUCAAGUGUCAGGAGCUGCUCGAUUUCAUUAUCUGCUUGAAGACAAACUUCCUGAUGCUACGCAGCUCCGAGCUUUGCUGCUAGAAUCUCCAUACGUCAAGGCUCAAUGUGAUGCGAUCGAGUCUCAAACAAAACGGGCAAAGUUGCACAAAUUGUACUCGACAAGUGACUUGGUUAGUACAUUGCAAGUGAGUGAGCACGAAGUCUUGAUGAUGCUGAAGGAGGUGCACGCCUUUGAAGAAGCAGGCGUAUGGCGUUUGUUGGGACUGCAGUAUCAGACACAAGUUUUUACGGACAUGCUAGAUGUCAUUGUGCAGCAUGAUUGGGACGUAUUAUCGGAACCAGGGGUGCCAGUGAAGCACUUCCUGACGAAACUUGAUGAACCGCUGGUGGCGAUUCGUCAAUGUUGCAAGCUGUACGGUUUGUUGAAGCUGGUGAAUGGAGAGGAUCAUUGCAUGCUGGAUCCGGUGAAAAUUGCUACCUUUCGAGCAAAGUCAUUGUUUGAUGAGCAAACUGAAGAAGCAAAGUUUCAGGCUCAGGUGGAGCAUGUGACAUUGAGUCAAGCUGAUGCAGGCUGGGAGCUAGACCAGUUCAUGGAGAAAUGGAAGCUUCGUGUGCCUGACAGCGUGACAGUCAGUCUAGAAAUGCUCAGCAGUCUUGUCCUCGUCAAACCUCAGGAGGCAGGCAAGCCAAGCCGGAUUGUCUACUUUCCUGAACAAGACUUAUCUCCCGAACCGAAAAAACGGUUUGAACAGCUUUUUAACAUGCAGGAGAAGUGGACCCUUAAGCAGCUGGAGCCGUAUAUUAAGUCGUUGGUUACUCCAAGCACAACACAAGCUUCGCUAUUGCUUAAACACACGCGCUCAUCGCGCCAAAGCAGAUCGACCGAGAAGCUGUACAGCCGGCGGUGA